UUUUUUUUUUGCUAAAAAAAAACAACAAAAUAAAACAGAUACUAAGGGAGUUUUACAGGAGUUAAUUCUCAAUCAAAAGCAAACGGAAUUCUGUUUUCACAAAAUCCCUCUUUUGUUGUAUAUCAGAUGAAUACAAGGUUUGAGACAAAAAGUUAAUAAAGGUUGAUAAGAACUAUCCAUUAUCCUCACACGGGGUGUGCUGGAGCCAAACUUGCUGUCAACGGGCAGGAGGCGGGUUACACCCUGAACUGCUUGCCAGCAAAGAGACAAACUGUCGCACUCCCAAUCACACCUAGAGGCAAUUUAAAGUGUCCAUUAACGUUGCAUGUUUUGGGGAUGUGGGAGGAAACCGGAGUGCCCGGAGGAAACCCACGCAGCCACGGGGAGAACUCCACACAGGCGGGGAAGGGAUCGAACCCGAGUCCUCAGAACUGUAAGGCCAACGCUUUACCAGCUGCCGCCUUAUGAAAAGCUAGAAAAUUCAAAAUAAUACGAUGAAGACGUCAAUGAAUCAGAAAUUAAAGUGCCGUCAUAUCCUUGAGGACUACAGAGAUUCCAAAUAAGGAAACUGAUUUCAAAAGUGCCUAGAUUAAGUGGCAAAAAAAAACGUAGACAAUGAGAAAAUAAUCAAACGAUAAAGAAUGACAGAUAACAUUACUUUAAGGUGUUCAGGACGGAAGCAACAACAUCAAACAAUCAAACAAACAAAUAUGUUCGGUCCCCUGACCGAGGUCGGGAGAUGCAGAGGAGACGUCUUCUCCGGGGCCAAUCGAGGUUUUCCUCCUCGGGGUUAACUCCCUUCUCGUGUCGCAACUCCGAAGCGUCGCCAACUUUCUUAUUCCCUCUCACACUCGCUUCUGACCAUAAACGCAUGCGGAGUCCAUCUCACCCACACAACGCACACGCCCACCCACACGCAACCCGCAACACUCCGAUUAAAAUCUUUCCAAGUACAGUAAAUAUUCAAAUCAUCAAAUUCACGUUGAAAUAGUUAAAUGAUAACAAAGAAUAUAAUUCAAAAUCAUCCUCUGAGAUGUCACGCUGUGGCGACAAGCCGAAAGAAAUUUACUAUUUUGUUUAAUUUCGGCACUUUCGGUUCUCCACAAGCAAAUCAGUCCAUCCGUUCAUUUUAGUUUGUAGUCAGCUUUGCUUCUGGGCGCUCACGUUACCAUGGACACUGCGCUGUCGUAAAACCACCGGAGAGAACGUAAAAGGCGGAAGUUGGUUUAGCUGCGAGCCCUUCACGAAAACGACGCAACGGCGACCAGAUGAAAACGAGUGGAAGAAACGUCAAAAAGUUGAAACGGAUGGACUAAUACCUUAUUGUGUCUGGUUAACAGAACAAAUGGCGUCGUGCGAGGAGAACGAGCAGCAACGAAAACCACCGGAAGCUGUUGGGAAGAAUCAGAACCAAGACAUCCAGCAGCUGAUUGGUUUUGUGGAAGAUCUUCCCACUCACUCUCUACGGGCAAGCUCAAGUUCGGAGCAAGAUGAUCCACAGAAUCCUCGGGUGAAAGAGGAGGAGGACAAUCCGCAGUCCCUCCUUAAAGAGGAAGAGGAGGAUCCGCAUCUCAGGAUCCACGUUAAAGAGGAAGAGGAGGAUGCUGAGGUCAGCAAGCUGCCACUGACUGACGUUUCUGUGGAGAGUCAAGACUGCGAAGAUGAAACACACAAGUGGUUAUUGCUCCAUCUUCCCAGUCCAAGUGGAGACCAUUGUGAGGGACCACCACCAGACAACCUCUUAGCGCCCCUGUCAGACAGUGACGGCAUGGAAGAAGCUUUGAAAAGCAAUGCAGAUUGCGAAGGUGAUGACAAACAACUGAAAUACUCUGAAGAAGAGACAACUCUCUGCAGUACGGAAACUUUACAAGCACAUAACAACAAAUCUACACGCUCAGUUCGUAUUAGAAAGCAACGUGUUAUUAGUCACACAAGUGCUCAGACAGGAGAAAAGCCCUUUUGUUGCUCAUUGUGUGAUAAAGCAUUCUUUCAAAGGUCACACUUUGUAUCACACAUGAGGAGACACACUGGAGAAAAACCCUUUAGUUGCACAACUUGCGAUAAAAGAUUCACGCUCAAGGGAAACAUGGUAUCGCAUAUGAGAACGCACACAGGAGAAAAACCGUUCUGUUGCUCAAUUUGUGGUAAAAGAUUUACUCUAAAGCCAAACAUGAUCUCACACAUUAGAACACACACAGGAGAAAAACCAUUUCAAUGCACUUUUUGCGACAAAACAUUCUCCCAUAAGUCACAUCUGCCACCACACAUGAGAAUACACACUGGAGAAAAACCCCACAGUUGCUCAACUUGUGGUAAAACGUUCACUCGAAAGCUAAACAUGGAAACACACAUGAGAACACACACAGGAGAAAAACCCUUUCAUUGUUCGGUUUGUGGCAAAAGAUUCACCCGAAAGCCAAACAUGGUAAAACAUAUGGCAAUACACACUGGUGAAAAACCCUACAGUUGCUCAACUUGUGGUAAAACAUUCGCUCAUAAGCCCCACAUAGUAUCUCACAUGCGAAUACAUACAGGAGAAAAACCAUUUUGUUGCUCAAUUUGUGAUAAAAGAUUUGCUCUCAGGUCAAACAAGGCAAAACACAUGAGAACACACACAGGAGAAAGACCUUUCAGUUGCUCAACCUGUAAGAAAACCUUCUCUCAUAAGCCACACAUGGUAUCACACAUGCGAACACACACUGGAGAAAAACCCUUUUGCUGCUCAAUUUGUGGUAAAACAUUCACCUUAAAUUCAAACAAAUUUAAACACAUGAGGACACACAGAGGAGGGAAACAUUUCAGUUGCUCAUUGUGUGAUAAAAGAUUUUCUCUCAAGUCACACAUGGUAUCGCACAUGGUAACACACACAGGAGAGAAAGUGUUCAAUUUAUGUUGAACAGUUUGAGUUUGUGGUGGAAGCGAUGCUCAGAAAAAAAGGUUUGUUAUGCAUAUACAGACACACAACAAAGGAGAAUAAAUGUUGAACGUGUACGCCCCAACACAGCGCCAUCUAAAGCAGGACUCUUUUUACUGAACUCAAUUCAAAUUCAAUUCAAAGUGCUACUUUACCAGUAUUCAAUUUUGACUAUGAAGUCGGCGUCCCCAUGCUACACAAGCACGCACCUAUGAAAGAUAGUUGAACUCUGCUUGAGUAACAUGAACAACAACUUGUGUGGACAUGGAGCAAAUUGGCGAUUUUCUGCCUUAAAUAGUGGCAAUGUGACUCACACUGACAGUCCUGGCAAUGUAGUUACUCAGAAAUGUUUAGGGAAGUGGGGCAGCCGAUCCUCCUGCUUCCAAGGAUUCUUGUGGUGAUGUUUUUAACUACACUACAGUAGUUAUAGAAAAGCUAAAUGUUGCUCUUUACUUGUAUUUGUUCCUGUCCAUUUUGUCGUGAGUGUUUGCAUUUUUUACUCUACAUUGGGACUUUGAUUGCUGUUACUGAAUUCAUUUCAUGAAACCGUGGCUUUGUGUUUGUGAUGUUCUAGUUCUUUUUAUCUGAAAGCAAUUUUUGUGACUUGUAAAAUUUAUGAGUUGAGGUGACUCAUUAAGGUUUCAUAUUCCUUAAUUUUUUGAACCGCCUAUCCUUACUUGGGUCAGGGGCCACUGUGCCGCUGGUUUCAUAUUCUGCAAAAAAUAAUAUCCCAUUUGUCUUUAUGUGAGUGAUUAAAAUCUUGUAGACAAUAACAUUAACUGUAUCAGAUAUGUGCAGGUGAGUACACGUCAAUGACGUCAGUGAUGCACUGAAUCUACAAUGAGUAAAGCGCAGUAUAGUAUAGAAUUACUGAACUCUGUUUUGCGGUUUUCAUUUUGAAGCAAGGUCACCAAAAUGUCUGUGGCACGAGGUAGCCCUCACGGACCACAUUCUAAAAGUAGCUCACUAUGGCAGGACAUUGUGGUUUCCUAGGAAUCUUGUUGGAGUGAACGUUUGAAAAUGUAAACACUUGAAAAGACUUACAGAAAUAAAGUGUUGCAUGUUGAUAUUUAUGUAUGUAUUACUUUGAAAUCAUGAACAUGGUGUCUCUUCCCCUGUAUGAUUAGCAAUAAUGAUUAAGACAUUUCAGUUUAAAAAAAAUGU